UAUGAUUAAACUAAAAUGGGCUAUUGGGACAACCACUCGAUCACAAACACAUUCCAAACAGAAAACUCAAACAUCUCCGAUUUCCAAAUGAAUUACUCCAUCUUCCACUCCCCAAAUUCUGAUACAUCCUCUGAGUUUUCUUGGGAUGCUCUAGAGUUUGGCAAUACUUCUCUUCCUUUCAAUGAAAACGACUCCGAGGAAAUGCUUCUCUUUGGGAUGCUAUCAAAGGCCGCCCAAGAAACUACCUCAUUUGAAACAGAAACACACAACUCAGCUGCCUCAUCCAACCCCAUAAAGGAAGAAGAAGUGAGUUCCGAUUCCACAUCCGAAGAAGAAAACCCGAAAACCCCGAAGAAGGAGAAGUCCUACAGAGGCGUCAGAAGGCGGCCGUGGGGCAAAUUCGCCGCCGAGAUAAGAGACUCGACCAGACAUGGCGUAAGAGUUUGGCUAGGCACAUUUGACAGUGCUGAAGCCGCCGCUUUGGCCUAUGAUCAAGCGGCCUUUGCCAUGCGGGGCUCCGCCGCCGUUCUCAACUUUCCGGUGGAGAGAGUCCGGGAGUCUCUUCGUGAUAUGAACUGUGCUACUUCGGAUUUGGACGGGGAGUGUUCGCCGGUGGUGGCGCUGAAACGAAAGCACUCGAUGAGAAGGAAAUUGGGGAACAAGAAGAGUAGAAUGGAGAGAGAUGUGAGGUUAGAGAAUGUGGUGGUGUUCGAAGAUUUAGGAGCAGAUUACUUGGAACAACUUUUGAGUUCAUCUGAAAGCACUAGUACUACUACUACUACUGCUGCUGCUAAUUGGUGAUUCGAACACUUCAAACUUUUCAUUCUUUCUUUUUUUCCGAUCCAUCCCUUUGUAAUUCCAUCACUGAAUAUCUUGAAUUUUUUUUUUUGUUUUUAAUUUCUUCUUGAUGUAAAGUUCCAAAAGGAUAAAGGAGUAACGUAUUGUACGCAA